GAUAUAUUGUUUUUGUUUUGAAAAAUCGUGCCUAAUCACUUCAUUAAUUCUGUGGAAACAAUUAACUGCGUUUUAAUCCAUUAAAAAUUUGUAUCUCUCUCUGGGAACAAAACUACUCAAGGUGAUUUUUUAUAGUAAACCAUAAAAUAUACUCAUAAAUCUUCCUUUACUAUGCAAUAUGAAUGACAUAUUUAUUGUUUCACUACUCUAUCGAAAAUUGUAGUCCUUACAAUCGGUGGUAUUAUUUUCUCAUGAUAAUUUAUAAUUGGAUCGUUAUUUUUAAAUAUAUAAUGGAGAUUACGAGCAACUAAAUUAAAGUAAUUGACGGGGAAAAGCUCCUCAAAAAGGUAGCCGGCUUGCUACUAAGAAACGGUAUGGACCGCCGACCCUGUCACUGCAUCAUCAUACACCCCUAAGCUGUCACCUUGCAGAUUUGUAAAAAAAAAACCUAAUGGGUGAUAUACAAAGUAGGCGCAAAAAGGCGCACGUCAGCUGAUCUACCCUACCUAAACGUUUGGUUUGGUUCCAAGUUAAAGGAUUUUUUCGGGAUUAUAAAGAAGGAAAAGACAGACAAGGAAUUUUUAUCGUUGGAAUAAAAUGACUACGACGCUAUUUCGUAAAUAAUCACAAUAAAAUGAAGAUGCUUUUUGGUCGCUGCUUCGAUGUAGAAUGGUUUGAAUCCGCCUCCUUGACUUGGAUAUGGUUAAAAGCACACAGACCGGCCAAACUUCUGGACGUGGCUUCUAGUUGAUUGUUUCUCCUAUGUGGAAAUUAAGUUCGACUACCAGCUGUGCUCUGCACGGACCGGUCACAGAAUCCGCGUGUGUGGUACCCUUACUCAGUAGCCGGACCUUACUAUACUAGGGAUUAGCGGUGGCUGGCCUAUUGUUAAUUGAUGAGGAUCGUUAUGAAUCAGGAACCCUUAGGGGUUGCUCCGGAUAUUGUAAAUACUUCCGAUUUAAAACGUUGGAGUGAAAUACCUCCAACUCAUUAUCUCACGGAUUAUAGUAACAGCGGAGAAACCCCUAAACAUGCCUCAUCUCCGUUUCCAUACGAUGACGAAAUUAAUCAAAAAAUCAUCUUGUGGAUGGGCGACAUAUCAUCAAUUCAAGUAGACGCAAUAGUUAAUUCGACAAAUGAAUCCAUGACUGAAAGUAAUUCUAUUAGUGAUCGAAUUUUUUUAAGAGCGGGGUCUGAGCUUAAGGAGGAAAUAAAUUUAGAUAUAAGAGAAUGCCGAACAGGAGAACUGAGAGUGACACAAGGCCAUGCAUUACCCGCUCGAUAUAUUAUUCAUACCGUCGGACCGAAAUACAACAUCAAGUAUCAAUCAGCCGCCGAAAAUACAUUACACAUGUGCUAUAGAAACAUUCUCCAAAAGUCCCUAGAGAUGGGCCUACAUUCAAUAGCUCUGUGCGUUAUAAAUUCAGUGAAAAGAAAUUAUCCCCCAGACGAAGGCGCACACAUAGCAUUACGUACUGUUAGAAGAUUUUUAGAACAAUACGGAAGUUCAUUAGAUACCGUCAUUUUUAACGUUGGUAAUUCUGAUUUAGGAAUAUACGAAAUUUUACUGCCAUUAUAUUUUCCACGUUCCAAACUGGAGGAAGAUGCUGCGCGGUGGCAAUUGCCUGCAGAUAUUGGUGGAAGUGAAGGUGAACCUCUCAUUCCAGAUCGACAAAUUCGAAUAAUUGACAAUCCUCAACAUACAUUACAUCCGGAUGAUGAGGCCAUUGACCUAUCAGGCCAUUUGGACUCUUCAGUUACCGUAGGUGAGCACGCGUUUAGCCAAAUGCAAGGAGACUUAGAUCAGCAGCGUCUUCUGGGAGAACGUCCGCUUAAUGAUCCUUUGGCGGAUAUUAUGGUUAGGGAAAUUCAACACCAAGAAAGGUAAGCAAAUGUUUUCAUUCCU